UCGGUUUGUAUGAUAAGUUAACCGAUUAACCUUAACGGCAUCUACGAUGACUUUAUCAUACACGUUCUUUAAGCCCUAGAACGAGGUCCCCCCAUGACCGGAAGACCGGGCGGUCGAGCUUGAAAUGCGCCCUAAACAGUACAAGUCGCGCCCUAUCGCGGUGGCCGAAGCAUCUAUAAAUAUCACGCAAUAUUUAGUGGCGCCCCAAGCCUCGCUAAGCCCUUUCCCUAAUUAAUUUGACGAACAUUUGAGAUUCUAAGAGGAAAUUCACCGCACAGUACUCUCGUUGGCGACCGGAUCAAUUAUGACGGCAGACACCAAGGUUACCCUGAUUCCCUGGGAUCCGCAGUCCUUGACUCAUCGCCAGCGGCUUAUCAAGCAACGAGACGAGUGCGGUUGGGACCAGGACAAAGUUGAGGGUGUAUGGAGAGAUGGGCAGACGAAAGGAUAUAAGUGCAUUUAUUGGAUUGUUUUGCCUCUAGAUGAUGAUAAGGAAGCAGAUGGACAGGCCAGAGAUGCGAGCCAUGAGUCAAAGGCAAAUGGAAAGCUUUAUGAUACAACCACAUCAAUCAACGGGGUACCCCGAGAAGCUACCCAAAGGGAAUUUGUACCUAUCGGACACAUCUCUUUGGACUCGCGGUACCCAGGAGUAGAGAAAGUGGGUGUCUCUAGCUCAGCGCCUGGCCUAUUCUGGAUUAAAUCGUUUUAUGUGUCUAAAGCUUAUCAAAGCAAAGGCAUUGGGCGGGCGGCAAUGGAUGAGGUGGAGUCCAUGGCUGUGAGAGAGCCAUUGCUUGCGACAAUGCUGAUGCUUGAUGUCAUUCCGAGCGAAGACCAAAUGAGGGAAGACUUUGCUCUUGCAACUUAUGGAGCUGUUCCAAAGUUCAGCACCGAGGAGUGGUACCUCCGUAGGGGUUAUGUUCCUGUCAAGACAGUGCAAAACUUCUAUGAUGUAGUGGAUCGGAAUGGAAAGCCGUGGGAUAUGAGGACGAUUUUCAUGAAGAAAGAAAUCCGGUGAAUGGGACGGAUGGGUUUUUUUUUUUUUUUUUAUUCAACAAC